ACCACUCCACGGCUCUGAGCAGCACCGAUAACCACCCGGUACCGGUCCGGUACCGCGAACCGCUUCGAAAAAAUGGAAUUUAAACGGACUGGGCGGAACUGGAAUCACCCCGGAACCGUAUAAAAGGGCGCGUGGGCUCCACGGUUGUUGUGCUUUUUCUCCAUUCGCCUUCUCCGGGUGCGCACGCAGUCCUCCUCAGCGGCGCGUGCCACCUCCUCCGGACUAUAAAAGCCGCACAGUUCCUGCUUGUGCUCGCGCCUGCUUUGGAUGUGUGCGUUCGGCGAGGAGCGACCGGCAGACCCGUAAGAACAGCAGCAGGCCAGCGCCAGCCGGCAGAGGCAGGCGGGCAGGGAGCUCGCGGACACCCAGCACAGCUAGCAGCGAAAGGUGACUCCUCCGAACCGAGCCAGAGAUGGUCACGUCCGCACCGCACAGGAUCCUCCUCCUGCUGCUAAUGUGGCUCCAGCACUGCGGUUCCGUCCACGGUACGAAGACUGAAUGUGAAGCCAACCAGUUCCAGUGUGGGAACGGCCGCUGCAUCCCGUCCGUGUGGCAAUGCGACGGCGAUGAGGAUUGCACCGACGGCAGCGACGAGAACUCCUGUGUUAAGAAGACGUGUGCGGAUGUGGACUUUGUGUGCCGCAGCGGUCAGUGCAUCCCGAAGCGCUGGCACUGCGACGGCGAGCCGGACUGCGAGGACGGAUCCGACGAGAGCGUAGAAGUCUGCCACAUGCGGACGUGUCGCGUUAACGAGUUCAGCUGCGGCCCAGGAACCACACUUUGCAUCCCCAUCUUCUGGAAAUGCGACGGAGAAAAGGACUGCGACAAAGGAGAGGACGAAGUCAACUGUGGUAACAUCACCUGCGCUCUGAACGAGUUCACCUGCGCCAGCGGCCGCUGCAUCUCCAAGAACUUUGUGUGCAACGGCGAGGACGACUGCGGCGACGGCUCAGACGAGGUGGGCUGCGCGCCGUCUUCCUGCGCUCCCAGUGAGUUCCAGUGUGGAAACGCGUCCUGCAUCCCGGCCAGCUGGGUGUGUGACGACGACGUCGACUGCCAGGACCAGUCAGACGAAGCUCCGGCUCGUUGCGGCCGCCACCCGACGCCGCCCGCCAAGUGUUUGCCCAGCGAGAUGCAGUGCAGCUCUGGAGAAUGCAUCCAUAAAAAAUGGAGAUGUGACGGCGACCCCGACUGCAAGGACGGCAGCGACGAGGCGAACUGUCCUGUGCGGAGUUGUGGGCCGGAUCAGUUCAAAUGCGACGAUGGAAGCUGCAUCCUGGGAAGCAGACAGUGUAACGGCAUCAGAGACUGCGGCGACGGCUCAGAUGAAAUCAACUGCAGGAACGUGACUCAGUGUAACGGGCCAGAGAAGUUCAAGUGUCGCAGCGGAGAAUGCAUCGACAUGAGCAAAGUGUGCAACAAGAUCAGAGACUGUCCAGACUGGAGCGACGAGCCCAUCAAAGAGUGCAAUGUAAACGAGUGUCUCCUGAACAACGGCGGCUGCUCCCACAUCUGCAAAGACAUGGUGAUCGGCUUUGAAUGCGACUGCACACCUGGGCUGCAGCUCAUCGACCACAAGACCUGUGGAGACGUCAACGAGUGCAUGAAUCCUGGUAUUUGCAGUCAGAUCUGCGUCAACCUGAAGGGAGGCUAUAAGUGUGAAUGCCACAACGGCUACCAGAUGGAUCCGGCUACCGGCGUCUGCAAGGCUGUUGGUAAGGAGCCGUGCCUGAUCUUCACCAACCGCCGUGAUAUUCGCCGUCUGGGUCUGGAGAGGAAGGAGUACACGCAGAUCGUGGAGCAGCAGAGAAACGCCGCGGCUCUGGAUGCUGACUUUAACCAGCAGACCAUCUUCUGGGCCGACCUGGGUCAGAGGGCCAUAUACAGCACCGUCCUGGACAAGCGAGGAGACGUUGGCGUCCACAAGAAGGUGAUCGACAACGUCCAGACUCCUCUGGGGAUCGCCGUCGACUGGGUCUACAAGAACCUGUACUGGUCCGACCUGGGAACCAAAACCAUUUCUGUGGCAAACUUCAACGGAACCAAACGGAAGGUUCUGUUCAACACGGGCCUGAGAGAACCCGCCUCCAUCGCCGUGGAUCCUUUGUCUGGGUUUCUGUACUGGUCUGACUGGGGAGAGCCGGCCAAGAUCGAGAAGUCUGGUAUGAACGGAGCGGACCGGCAGGUUCUGGUGGCGACUGACAUCCAGUGGCCAAACGGGAUCACACUGGAUCUGAUCAAAGGCCGGCUGUAUUGGGUCGACUCCAAGCUGCACAUGCUCAGUAGCGUCGAUCUGAACGGAGACAACAGGAACAAAGUGCUGCAGUCUGCAGACUUCCUGGCUCAUCCAUUCGCUCUCACCGUGUUCGAGGAUCGGGUUUUCUGGACGGACGGUGAAAACAAAGCCAUCUUCGGCGCCAACAAGUUCUCUGGUUCUGAUGUCGUCACGCUCGCCAGCAACCUGAACGACCCUCAGGACGUCAUCGUCUACCAUGAGCUGAUCCAGCUGGCUGGUACCAACUGGUGCACAGAGAAAAGUGAAAAUGGCGGCUGCAGCUUCUUGUGUCUUCCUGCUCCUCAGAUCAACAAACAUUCCCCCAAGUACAGCUGCGUGUGUCCUGCAGGCCAGGAGCUGGCAGCAGACGGCCAGCGCUGCAGACCCGUGACAGACUCUUCCUGUGAGGACGGUAGUGAAGCUGUAACGCAGCCUAAAGUGCUGCUGGCGGCCGGAGCGGGCGCCUACCUGAUGUGGAGGAACUGGCAGCUGAAGAACCAGAAGAGCAUGAACUUUGACAACCAGUCUACCUGA